CUCUUGCAUUUAAUUCCUCUCUUUUGUUUAAGAACUAACAAACAUCCCAAGGAAGAAAGUGCGGAAAAAAAUGGCGUCCAUAAGGUUCACUAGCUUUAUAGUCAUGUUAAUUUUGCUACAUGUAAGAGAGACUAGCGCACAAACUAAAGCUCUCGGCGAGGUACCAGUAACAGAUAAAAGUUCGCUUCCAACAGACAAAAAGAGUCCUGUGAAUGUGGAAAAGGAAACCUAUGAUGUUGUUCUAGCCCCGGCUGACGUUGGAAAUGCAAGACUUAGAGGAAGGAAAAUGAUGAUUAAAAGAGUUUUGGGAAUAGUGAAAGAGGAGGGUUUGAAAGGAGAGGAUUCUAAGAAUAUUAAAGGUGCAGUCCCUUCUGUUGGGAACUGUAACCAUGAAGGGAAGGGAGUUCUGAAUGUAAAUUGUAAAUUGAGAAAAAGAGGUCCUAAACCAGUGGAUGUCAAAAUGGCAGGUUUUGUAGCUUUCAAUGCUGAUUAUCAUGUCCCAAGAUCUCAUCCACCUAAGAAUAAUUGAGGAAGAAGAGCUGUAGAGAAGUCCUUAGGACUGCAAUUUUGGUUAAUUCUACUUUUUUCUUUUACUUUUUAAAAUUUUUUUUUUUUUUUUUUCAGUUUUCUCCUUUUGGUUUUGUAAGCGUUAACUUACAGUUAAAACAAGUACGGAAUAUGAUACUUGUAUGUAUGCAAUAGAGGCUUAAUGUCUGCAGAAAUUUUAUGCUAAAGGUGCAAGAAAGUUUUCUCAA